CGAGGGUUCUAUUACUUCUGUGUUGUAAUCAGUACAAAAAAUGGCGUCUGAAAACUCCGUCUGUACUUAAUCAUUUCUACUUUGCCACUCAUCACUUGAAGUUCUUCGUUGCUUUGUGGUACAGACUGGUGCUUGGUUGAUAUAUUCUGUUCAUUAUGGCCGCAGCAAGCCGUAAAAAUCAAUUUAAAGUUGUGUUGUUGGGUGAAGGAUGUGUGGGAAAAACAUCGUUAAUGCUACGAUAUGUCCAGGACAAGUUCAACGACAAACAUCUGACAACAUUACAGGCUUCAUUUUUGAACAAAAGACUGAAUAUUGGAGGACAGAGAGUAAAUUUAGCAAUUUGGGACACAGCUGGUCAAGAGAGAUUUCAUGCUCUAGGACCUAUCUACUACAGAGACAGUAAUGGAGCUAUUCUAGUUUAUGAUAUUACAGAUGAAGAUUCAUUCUUAAAGGUCAAAAAUUGGGUUAAAGAGCUCAAGAAAAUGUUAGGAGAUGAUAUUAGUUUAUGCAUAGCAGGAAAUAAGAUUGACCUGGAAAAAGACAGACAUGUUGAAGCAUCAGAUGCUGAAGCAUAUGCGAGGACAGUAGGAGCUAGACAUUUUCACACGUCUGCAAAACUAAACAAAGGAAUAGAAGAAAUGUUUUUUGAAUUAACAAAACAAAUGGUUGAACAGCAAGAAAAGCUAGAUGCAAGAGCUUCAACUGCUGCAUCGACAGACAAAGCAAGCAGUGGUAGGCGAAAGAAUGUCGUUAUUGUAGAUGAACCUCAAAACAAGAGUGGUGGUGGUUGCUGUAGUAAUAGCUCAUAAAUAGAUAAAUAUAAUAACUUUUACCUUACGCAGCUAAGGAACAUGAUAGUGAACAUUGUCUCUUAAUUUUAAGGUUUAAGUGAACUGUUGAAAAUAUUGUCAUGGCAACUGUGGUGAAAUAUCAUUUUUCUCUGAACCUUUUUGGUAUGCACCUGAGUAUUCACUUCAUUAAUGAACACUUUUAAAAAUUAAAAAAAAAAUUAAUAUUAUUUUUGUUGUAUUUUCGAAAUUUAAGAUUCCUGACAAUCUUUUUGGCAGCGAUUCAAUGAAUAUUGGUUCAUAAGGGUUCAACUUCUAGCCCUGUUGCACUUAAAAUAUAAGAUAAUGCUUGAAGGGAAAGUAGGAUAGAAUUAGUAAAUAAAGGACACUCUUUUACUGUGCAAUUGAAUCCAGUUUAACAAAAAGAAAGGAUUUUGGCAUCA